ACGCAUGCAGAGCUAUAAAUACAACAGAGUACACGUGCGCGUGCACGGAAUCGCUAGAACAGUUGAAUAUCUUUAAUAUUUCACGCGCAGAACUCCCAUUAUUACGAUAAUGAUUUACGGCGAUGACAGAUCAAGGAAAAUGUGAUACCGGGAAAGACAAAAGAGAACCAUCACGAGCGCAAGAGUGGCAUUGUUGGCAAGGUACAGGCGAAUAUGAGCCGUAUACUGCUGUAGUACUGGACUGCAUAUUCGCUCGGCUGUCAGCACAAGCACUGUGGCGAUGUGGAGGCGUUUGCCGGGCCUGGCGUCGCGCCGCCUGCGACUCCACUCUAUGGCGACACUUACUGUUACCAAAUGCGACGCCACAAACGUUGCGCGCUCUUGAAGCUGCACAGAACGUCGAAGAUCAAAACGAUUUAUGGUCCUGGCGUAAGGAGUACGCUUUAGAAAUUGCACGCUGGAAACGAUGCGGACGGCUUCAGGCUCGUGGUGCGAGUUCGUCGCCGCUGCUGUGCGCGGCGCUACACGAUAACGACAGGUAUCUCGCGCUAGUCGAUGAGGACGCACACGUUACGAUUUGGGAGCAUUUACGCUCCAAAACCGAUACAAGCACAGAAUCGGAAUGGACGGUCUGCUGGAACGGUGUGGUGAGUCCGGAGUGGCGCGGAGUUGCGCUCGCGCAGUGGGCACCGCGCUCCACGCGGCUGCUGCUUGCCGGCCGACUGACGCUCGUCGAACGAUAUGAAAUGAUCGUGGUUCACUUUGAUGAAGAGUGGUGCAGCCGAAUAGUAUGUCGCAGUGCAAGCGGGCCGGGGGGAGCGGGGUGCUGGGUAGACGAUGAUGUUUUCUUGUCCUUGCGCUUACGACUUCUGGCUCCAGGGAGGGCGUGCACCACUCUGUGGCUCAACGCUGCUACACAGGAAAUUUAUUCAGAAUAUGCAGGAGUGACGACGCCACUUCUUCGCGUUUAUAACGAAGCCGCGACGCAUAUUUCACAUAUCUUGGUGGCGGAAGUUCCUAGUGAAGAAAUCGCUCACUUCGAGAGUGAAAAUAAUAUAGGAACCGAGCAAGUCAGCAGCGAACCGCGUGCACCGUAUUACUCUGCACUUCGACCGCGUAAAUUCACGGAAGAUAAGAAGAAAAAACGAAUUCUGAUAGCAGCGGGUGGCGUAGCCGGCGGUGCUCGUGGCAAAGCCCAGGCCUUGUUGAUGUGGCCAUUGCCUUCUCUGGAGAUGCCCAUGUUGUGGGUUAGUGACCAUCUUGCACAGCGCGUGCAACAACACCGCAACCGCAUGCGCGCGCCAGAACCACAACCAGACGACGAACCAGACGAAGACACCGUUCGUGCACUUUGCAGCCAGCCCACGACGUCUUGUUUUUUAUACGCACAAAUCUUUGGAAUAGUUUUACAUCCCAGGGGAGGAUGCGUAUGGGCAACGACUGAAGCUGAUGUAUGGUGCGUGUCGCUCCCGGCACUGAAGCCGGUACUGAGGCUGUCACGAGCCUCCUCUGCACCCAGCGUGACUGAACUACCGCACUACCUUUUUCCCUGUGUGGAUGAUGACUACUUUAUCACUCCAGCAGGUGAUGGUUCAGGCCGCGUAUGCCUGUGGACCAUCCGCAGUAGCCGCUGCGGUGCACAGUUGCAACAUGACGCUCCUGCACUUGCCGUGUUUCUGCCGAAGCACACACACUCAGUUCCUGGUUCACGUCGUCUACUCGUUCUCGCGGCCGAUGCACUUCAUGUGUGGCAGAGCCUGGUCAACUGAGUGUAGGGUUCAGACAUCGGCCAAGUUUUCAAAACCAACUCGCAUGGCAAAAUAGUACGAAGCUUAACUGGCGACAGUCAAACAGAUAGAGCGCGACGUGGAUCGUGCACUCCAAUCAAAGCACAAAAAUGCGCCCCGUGCGGGCCCAAGCCACGUCCGGCGUGCCGCGUGCCU